AUGGCUGAAGCCCAGCUGUGUGGUUUACAGGAUGAGUUCACCUGCUCGGUGUGUCUGGACACCCUGACUGACCCCGUCACCAUCCCCUGUGGUCAUAAUUUCUGUCUGAAGUGCCUCACAGACUGCUGGGAUCAGAGCCAAGAGUGCAGCUGUCCUCAGUGCAGACACACCUUCACCACAAGGCCUGAGCUGAACAGAAACACUCUGCUGAAUGAAGUCAUCAAGAAAUUAAAGAAGACGGCACUCAGUCUUCCUCCUCCUUCUCCGUCUCAAAAUUAUGCCUGCCCUGGAGACGUGGAGUGUGACUUCUGUACUGGGAAGAAGUUCAGAGCAGUGAAGUCCUGUCUAACCUGCCCGGCCUCCUACUGUCAGACUCACCUGAUGCCUCACUAUGAAGGAGAUGCCCUGAAGCACCACAAGCUGGUUGAUCCUGAUAGAAAUCUGAAGGAGAAACUCUGCGAGAAACAUCAGAAAAGUCUGGAAAUAUUCUGUAAAACUGAUGAGAUGUGUAUCUGCUUGAUGUGUGUGGUGACUGGACAUAAAAAUCAUGAAAUGGUCGAGCUGGAGACUGAAAGGGAAGAAAAACAGAAACAGCUGGAGGCGACACUGAGUGACAUCAAGAGGAGACUUGAGGAGAAAGAGAAGACAUUAAAGAAGACGAGGAGGGUGAUGGAUGAGAUGAAGAUGUCUGUGAAAAGAGAUGUGGAAGAAAAUGAGAAGAGGUUCACUGCUUUGAUACGGUGCAUUGAGAAAGCCCAAAGGAAACUGACUGAGAGGAUCAAAGAACAAGAAAAGAGAGAAGUGGAGAAGGCUGAAGGAGUCAUGGAGCAACUUGAGAAAGAGAUUGAGGAGCUGAAGAGGAGAGAAGCUGAGCUGAAGGAGCUUUCAGAGACCAAGGACCAUCUCCAAUUCCUACAGACUUUCUCAUCUCACUGUGGCCUUCCUGCUGAUGGAGACUUGCUGAGCUUCACUGUCACCACUGAUUUCUCUUCUGAGAACUUGAGAAAUGAGCUGUCAGGUCUGAAAAAGAGUCUGGAGAAGAUCAGCCAGUGGGUCAUCAUGACAAGGACUCCAUCAGCUCAUGAAGCUCCAGUUUUUGCCCUCCAGCCUCCUGAACCUCAGAGCAGAGACGACUUUUUAAAAUACUUCUGUCCCCUCACACUGGACAUCAACACGGCACACAGAGUCCUCCUUCUGUCUGAAGGGAACAAGAAGGUGACAGGUGAGGAGAAGGUGGCUACAUAUCCUGAUCAUCCUGACAGAUUUGACUUCUGGCCUCAAGUUCUGUGCACAGAGGCUCUGACUGGGACUCGCUGUUACUGGGAGGUGGAGUGCAGUGGACACUGUGUGAUGAUUGGAGUUGCAUAUAAAGGAGUGAACAGGAAAGGAAAGGGCAGGGAGUGCCUCCUUGGAAACAACAAGAAGUCCUGGAGUUUGCAGUGGUCUCAUUCCCAGUGCUUUGUGUGUCACAAUAUCAAAGAGACUGUAAUCAGUGGCCCCUACAGUCCCAGAAUAGGUGUGUAUCUGGACUGGUCUGCUGGCUCUCUGUCAUUUUAUAGCAUCUCACACACAAUGACCCUCCUGCACAGGUUCAACACCUCCUUCACUGAGCCCCUCUAUCCAGGGUUUUGUCUUGGUCUUCACUGCAGUGUAACAAUCAGCCGUCUGACACCAUGUGACCACUGACCAGUACCCUCCACUGGUCACCUGAUGUCCCCAGUAGCUCAGGUCCUCUAAGUAUUUGUAGUUUUGCUUUCAGGUGGAGUGGUGGCUCUGCACUGGUAUCCCGAAGGUUGCCGGUUCGAAUCCCCGUUACUGCCAAAAGAGAUGCUA